CGCCUCCCUGCUACUGGCUCCAAGCGUGAGUCGCGCAUCGACAAGCAGUUCGCCGAUAUGGCCAAGAAGCUGGAGCAGCUCACCGCCCCGUCGCGCGCCGUGCCGGUGCGGAGCAAUAUCGAGUCAAGGAGGUCGGGCCUAACGCAGAACAGCAAUGUGGGGCACGGGCUCAACAGGGCGAAUGCGAAGUUUGAGAAGUUCAAACAGGAGCUGGCCGACUUCGACAAGAAUAUGGGGCAACUGCAGGAGGACAGGGCGGAUGCCGACGCCGAGUGGCAGGCGGCCGAGUACGCGGCGCUCCAGAAGCAGUUGGUGGCUUCGCUGCCACUGGAUUCUGACGCUGGCGUGGAUGUCUUCGGG